CUCCUCCUCCUCCUCCUCCUCCUCCUCCUCCUCCUCCUCCUUCUCCCUCCUAAGUGCACAGCAUCACCCACUACCUGGCUGGCUCCUGAGCUACAUUAAGCAUCUCCUCUGGAGCCAGCUACCGAGAGGAGAGACCCUGUGAUGGAGCUGACUGGAUGCCCAAUAAAACAAUAAAUUCUCGCUUUCUUUAAAAAAAAAAAUCCUCCCCCACCCCCCACCCUGUGUGAGAUGUGAGCUUUUUUCUUCAGGUUGACUGGUUGAGAAGUGGCCGGAGGGGCGGAGGUGUGUGUGUGUGUGUGUGUGUGUGUGUGUGUGCAAGCAUACCACCACCCCUUUCUUUUUCUCUCUCUCUCUUUUUCUUUUUGGCCCUGGGAGGAGGAGGAGUGAGGGGAGAGACGGGAGGGGGUUUUGCAGGGCAAGCGAUGGAUGAGGAAAACAUGACGAAAAGCGAAGAGCAUCUGAGUUUGCAGAAAGCCCUGCAGCAGUGUGAGCUGGUCCAAAAUAUGAUCGACAUCAGCAUCUCGAACCUAGAGGGGCUCCGAACGAAAUGUGCCACCUCCAACGACCUGACCCAGAAGGAAAUCAGGACCCUGGAGAGCAAGCUGGUUAAGUACUUCAGCCGCCAGCUGUCCUGCAAACGGAAAGUGGCCCUCCAGGAGCGCAAUGCCAAGCUCGAAGGCUUCCCCCAGCUUCAGCACUGGUUCCGAAUUGUGGAUGUGCGAAAGGAAGUCAUGGAGGAAAUCACGCCAGGUCAGCUGAGUCUCGAGCAGCUUCUGGAGAUGACCGAUGAGCAGGUGUGUGAAACAGUCGAGAAAUACGGAGCCAACCCAGAGGAGUGCGCCCGUCUCAAUGCCUCCCUCUCCUGCCUCCGGAACGUCCACAUGGCAGGAGGCAGCCUUUCCAAGCAGGACUGGACUAUUCAAUGGCCAACCCCAGAGACUGGGAAGGAGAACAAUCCAGCUUGCCCUCCUGAGUCUACUCCAUGGAUCCGCACCCACCUUUCCCAGAGCCCCAAAAUCCAGUCCAAGUGUAUUCAGCACUACUGUCCCCCUGGCCCCACUCUUGGCCCUGUGUACACCCAUGUGGACAGACUGACCGUGGAAGCCUACCCAGGCCUAUGCCCCCCACUGGAGUCUGGGCACCGGUCCUUGCCACCUUCCCCCCGGCAGCGGCAUGCGGUCCGUACACCGCCCUGCACGCCAAACAUUGUCACCACGGUGACCCCACCUGGGACACCUCCCAUGAGGCGAAAGAACAAGCUGAAGCCCCCGGGGACCCCACCCCCUUCCUCCCGCAAGCUGAUCCAUCUCAUCCCUGGCUUCACUGCCCUGCACCGGAGCAAGUCCCAUGAAUUCCAGUUGGGGCAUCGGGUGGACGAGAGCCACACUCCAAAGGUCAAGAAAAGGAACAAGCCCCUGAAUCUGAAGAUUCAUAACAGUGUGGGCAGCUGUGAGAACAUCCCAUCGCAGCGCUCUCCCCUCCUCUCCGAGCGUUCUCUGCGGUCCUUCUUCGUGGGCUACCCACCCUUCCUUCCUUCCACUCCUCCGGUCCACCCCGAAGCCAACUUCUCCACCAACACACUGUCAGUGCCUCGAUGGUCUCCUCAGAUUCCUCGAAGAGAUCUGGGCAACUCAAUAAAACACAGAUUUUCCACCAAGUACUGGAUGUCUCAGACUUGCACCGUCUGUGGAAAAGGAAUGUUGUUUGGACUGAAAUGUAAAAACUGCAAGUUAAAAUGUCAUAACAAAUGCACCAAAGAAGCUCCCCCGUGCCAUUUACUGAUCAUCCACCGUGGAGAUCCAGCAAGGUUAGUCCGGACAGAGUCUGUGCCCUGUGACAUCAACAACCCCCUGCGGAAGCCUCCCCGGUACUCUGACCUGCACAUCAGUCAGACUCUCCCUAAAACCAACAAAAUCAACAAGCCUUUUACCUCCUGCCCCUCUGGAUCUCCAAGUUGUCAGGGUGGGUUUCUGCCUCUGAACAACCCUGAGAUUUUACAGGACCACAUUCCGGUACCUUACCAACCUGACUCUAGCAGCAACCCCUCCUCUACAACAUCCUCCACGCCUUCCUCGCCAGCCCCGCCUCUCCCGCCCAGUGCCACUCCUCCUUCUCCACUACAUCCUUCCCCACAAUGCACCAGACAGCAAAAGAAUUUCAACUUGCCAGCUUCCCAUUAUUACAAGUACAAACAACAGUUCAUUUUCCCAGAUGUGGUUCCAGUGCCUGAGACACCCAAUCGAGCACCCCAAGUCAUCCUCCAUCCAGUGAACUCAAACCCAAUCCUGGAAGGAAACCCAUUACUUCAAAUUGAAGUGGAGCCAACAUCAGAGAAUGAGGAGGGGAACAAUGAAGCUGAGGAAUCAGAGGAUGACUUUGAGGAGAUGAACCUCUCGCUUCUCUCUGCCCGCAAUUUCCCCCGCAAGGCCAGUCAGACCAGCAUCUUUCUCCAGGAGUGGGACAUCCCCUUUGAACAGCUGGAGAUGGGCGAGCUCAUCGGCAAGGGCCGGUUUGGGCAGGUGUACCACGGCCGCUGGCAUGGGGAAGUGGCCAUAAGGCUUAUUGAUAUCGAGAGGGACAAUGAGGACCAGCUCAAGGCCUUCAAGCGGGAGGUCAUGGCCUACCGGCAGACGCGGCACGAGAACGUGGUACUCUUCAUGGGGGCCUGCAUGAGCCCGCCCCACUUGGCAAUCAUCACCAGUCUGUGUAAAGGACGAACUCUAUACUCGGUGGUGAGAGAUGCCAAAAUUGUCUUGGAUGUCAACAAAACAAGGCAGAUUGCACAAGAGAUUGUGAAGGGUAUGGGGUAUCUCCAUGCCAAAGGAAUCCUGCACAAAGACCUCAAAUCCAAGAACGUCUUCUAUGACAAUGGAAAAGUGGUGAUCACAGACUUUGGGCUCUUCAGCAUAUCGGGUGUGCUUCAGGCGGGCAGGAGGGAGAACAAACUCCGAAUCCAGAACGGUUGGCUUUGCCACCUCGCUCCCGAGAUCAUCCGUCAGCUUUCUCCUGACACUGAAGAGGACAAGCUCCCAUUUUCUAAGCACUCAGAUGUGUUUGCACUUGGCACAAUCUGGUAUGAACUCCAUGCCAGGGAAUGGCCUUACAAGACUCAACCGGCAGAGGCAAUAAUAUGGCAGAUGGGAAGAGGAAUGAAACCCAACCUCAGCCAGAUUGGACUAGGAAAAGAGAUCUCGGAUAUUCUUCUCUUCUGCUGGGCUUUUGAGCAGGAAGAGAGACCUACCUUCACCAAGCUCAUGGAAAUGCUGGAGAAACUGCCCAAGCGAAACCGCCGCCUUUCUCACCCUGGACAUUUCUGGAAGUCAGCAGAGCUGUGACAGACCAUGUGAUGGGAUGGUGCCUUUCUUACCUGUUACCCCCUCAGCUGCCUCAGUUCCAAGCCUCCUCUUCAUCCUGUCUCUCCUCUGUGCACUAAAGAAAAUCCAGGGGUCUGAAGACCGGAAGGAGCCACCACCUGGGAUUGCUGAAGGAAUCAAGCAAGGCUUUCUGGUCUGCAAGCAGUCCCCCCUGUCCUGGACUAGUGCCUCUACCCCUGGGAAAGAGAGGGAGAGGGGGCCAACUGGACUCAGACUAGAGUAGAUCAGAGAGAGAUGCAAUGUUUACUACAAGGGCCCUGGAUGGUGGGCCUAGGGAAGAAGUGUGGAAAAGAGCAGGAUGGGAAAAUGAGUGUGCGAAGUCUCUGUGGAUUUGCUAUAGAGAUGGGAUCUGACACUAGUCCAGCUCCUCCUCUACAACUGAGGAUAGGCUGCUGGGACGUGUGUGUAUGUGUGUGUGUGUGUGUGUGUGUGUGUGUGUGUGUGAGAGAGAGAGAGAGAGAGAGAGAG